UCAGGGCACAGGGUAUGCGGGGCCAGAAAAUAUCCGCGCCUUCCAUAGAAUUUGCAUAGUAUAUAUGUUUCUUUGCAUCAUCGAUGAGUUAACCAUCAAGCCCCCGGCCGAGCUUAAUCAUCAUGGCCGAUGACACACUUCCCCUCCAAGGCCAUAUUAUCCCUGUCCGAACGGUUCAAGAGACAAACCCCAACUUUGAAUUCGCUAAGGCAUAUGUGGUCGAGAUUAUCCAGAAAUACGCGUCGCAAGUGAUAAAAGUCCUAGAUACCGCAUACCCAAAAGACCCGAAUCAACCACUCACCCACAUCCGUCGCUUCGUGAAAGCAGACUUUUUACCAGACCAUUUAAAGACCUUGGUGGGAAGGCAGGACACAAGUGACCGUCUGAUAGAUGUGCCGACGAUAUUCGUCCUAAUCCCGCCGCCAGUGUCAGAUAUAGACCAACUAAGAGCCCUAAUCACGCCAUUUGUGCCAGCGAGAAGGUUAACGCGGAGUAUAAACGCGACUGGUACAGGCGAAGAAAAAGAACCGACGAUACCACACGACGCAAAUGAGAAUACUGCUAUUGAAACACCAUCAACAUUCCCUAUCCUCCACACCUCAAUCCCCAUCCACCCCGCACUCAGCAUUCAGCAAGCCGAAACAUGGUCGAGAACCAACUGGCCAACAAGCUACAAUGCCGCAGCGGCACGAGCAAUCAUCGCGCCGCCACCGAAAACCCUCACCGACAUACAAGCUGACAUCGCGCCGAAUGCAGGGCUAUACCUGGGACUGGCACGCAGUGUUGCACGGGAAGCGAAAGCGCUGGGGAGAGGGAGGGGGAUUGGUGUUGUUGUCGUCGACCAUGCCAUGACUAGUGCGACUGGGGAUAUGAAUAUAAGGAAUGCGAAUGCAAGGCAUGGGGUUGUCGCUGUUGCCGGUGACGCGCGGUACUGCGCUCGGGGGAUUGACAAGAACGCGCUGAAAGGGGAUGGAAGCUACCAGGCAGAGUGCGAGGGCGGGCCCGAGUUCCAUGCUAUCAUGAGAGCCGUCGAGAUGAUAGCUGGGCAGCGGAGGGGUGAUGGAGAGGUGUCUACGGAUUCCAUAGACUCUGGACGUACAAUCACGCAUACUACUCCGGCCUUGACACCGCUCGAAUCGCACUAUUUAAAGAAGAUGAGGGAGGUAACCUCACCUCCUGCUCCCGUGGAGUCAACACCGCUAGCUGAGGCUGCAGCCGGCAUCCUCCCCCGCUCCGCUGGUGGAUAUCUCUGCACAGACCUCGAUAUGUACAUUACCCACGAACCCUGUCUGACAUGUUCAAUGGCCAUGCUGCUGUCGCGGUUCCGGGCAAUAACGUUUCCACGUCGAGGAAGGCUUGUCACGGGCGGUUUAGCGUCCGAGCCGGUGCCAGGUCUAGAAACAGGAGAGAGGGAGAAUUAUUACGGUUUGCAUUGGAGAAAGGAGUUGAAUUGGAGGGCUGUUUGUUUUGAGUUCGUUGAGGACAUGGACGACGGUCGGCCGGGGUUUCUUCAGGAUGAUGGGGUUGAGGCGGUUGGGGAAUAUCAUGCUUGAUAUAUUGGAUAUUUUAAUAUUAGAGUGUAUAUAAUUGGUCAUGAUUAAUAUAAUAUGGAGAAUAUCAGA